AUGCCGUUCCACCCGGUGACGGCGGCGUUGAUGUACCGGGGCAUCUACACCGUGCCCAACCUGCUGUCGGAGCAGCGCCCCGUGGACAUCCCUGAGGACGAACUGGAGGAGAUCCGUGAGGCCUUCAAAGUCUUUGACCGCGAUGGCAAUGGCUUCAUUUCCAAGCAGGAGCUGGGUGCGGCCAUGCGCUCCCUGGGCUACAUGCCCAAUGAGGUGGAGCUAGAAGUUAUCAUCCAGCGGCUGGACAUGGAUGGCGAUGGCCAAGUGGACUUUGAGGAGUUUGUGACCCUCCUGGGACCCAAGCUUUCCACCUCGGGGAUCCCAGAGAAGUUCCACGGCACUGACUUUGACACUGUCUUCUGGAAGUGUGACAUGCAGAAGCUGACUGUGGACGAGCUGAAGCGGCUGCUGUAUGACACCUUCUGUGAGCACCUGUCCAUGAAGGACAUCGAGAACAUCAUCAUGACGGAGGAGGAAAGCCACCUGGGCACCGCCGAGGAGUGCCCCGUGGACGUGGAGACCUGCUCCAACCAGCAGAUCCGCCAGACGUGCGUGCGCAAGAGCCUGAUCUGCGCCUUCGCCAUCGCCUUCAUCAUCAGCGUCAUGCUCAUCGCAGCCAACCAGGUGCUGCGCAGCGGCAUGAAGUAGGCACACACGGUGCGUGGGGCCCUCUCCACGUCCCCCACCACCCGCAGUCCUCUCCCGCACUCGGCUCCCGGGGCCACUGCCGCGUGUCCUUCGAUGCCGGGACGUCUGGCAACCCCACCCUACCUGCCCCUGCGGGCCCUUGCAUGGGGCCGAGGCCCGGCUGCGGAGGGCCUGGCGGGGGCUCUGAGGACAGCCCCCGGCCCCGCCUGCACCCUGCCCACCCUGGCCUGUAUGUAGCACUAACUCUUCCCUCCCACUGUCCAGAGGCUCCUGGGAAAUUUAGGAGGCAUUUGUACAGGGUCCAGUAGCGGAUGUGGUCACUUAGGCGGGAAGGAGGCACCCUGUGCCCAGGGCCACACAGCCAACCUGACCCUGGUCCCUGAGAUUUGCCCAGGGCUGUGUGCAGGGUGGAGAUGGGGGCAGGAGGCUUCCUCCUGGAGAGGGGGUGAGGCUGGGGUCUCCCGGGCGCUAUUCGCUGGGCAAGCCUGAGGAGGCCCCUGGCCCUCUGUGGGUCCCUUUCUCUGACCCUCCUUAGACUCAAGCCCAGCCUUCCUCUAUGCACCCACUGGGGCCGGAGAAUUUGCCCAUUUCACAGUUGAGGAGCCUGAGGCUCAGAGGGCCUCCGGAUUCAGUACCCCCUUCAACAGGGAUUUUUAGGAAGGGCAAAAGCUCACAGCAGAUGGGGCAUCUGAGGUGGCCCUGCAGUCUCUGUGCCCUUUGAGCCCCCCGGUCGAGGACCACACUGGCCACCACCCAGCACAGAAUCUAGAACUGGAGUGCAGUGAGGAGGGAAGCAGACCAGGGGCCUGGAGCCUCCACAUCGCCUGAGCAGCCUGUGUGAUCUCCCCAUCAGUCCGGGGGGCUCCUCCCGGGCACAAGCCUUGGGAGGGGCCCUGUGUCAUGCUGGGCCGAGGGGCUGGUGUAGCCCCGCACUGCCGGUGCCAGGAAGCUCAGCCAGGCCGCUCCCCCAAGUCCAGGGCCUGUCUUCCCGGGGCCCCCAACUUCUCUAUACUGUCCAGGCCAGAGACACAGCUCCCACCGUGCUCCCGUUGUGCCAUCUCUCGUUCGGGCACCAGCUCGGCUUGGGCAGAUGCGGGGACUGGGACAGCAGACUGAGUCCUCGAGCUCCUCUCCCAGGUCUGGAGCCCCCUUUCACCGGGGUGACCAUCCCAGCCACACUGGUGCACCCUCUGCCCAGCCGUGCUGAGCCUCUGCCGGCCCUAGUGGGAGGAGGGCAACAGCACUCCUCACCCAGCAGAGGGCCUCA